CAAGAGGAAUAAUCAAUACCUGCAAGGCUACUUGCUCUCUGUUUGUAAAUAGUUCCGUUUCAGAAAACUAAAUACUAUUAUUGGGAUGAGAAAAUCAUCUUUUCCUCGCUCCUAUGGUAGGUAACAAGGGAAGAUGAUUUCUCCAGGCCUUGUUCUGGAAGGGCUUUAAUCAGCUUAAUCUAGCCCGUAUCAGGGAUAAUGUAAUAUGGUGCUAUUGAGAAAAACAGGUGCAUUUAAUUUAGUUUCUGUCAGAAUUUUCAUUCCCCUUGGAAAAAGAAAAAUGACAAGGAUCUUUGAAUCAAGUAAUAACAUCAGUGUAAAGCAGAGAAGCCUGUUGUUUUACUGUUGCAUCUGGAAAACAAUAAAAAUUAAAGCAGAAGUGUUAUUUCAGCUAAAAGUAAGGAACUUUCCAGAGUUCAGGCAUUAUUAUUAUUAUCUCUUUGCUUGAAAAACAAUAUCAGAACAAACAGAAUGUGUUUCUAUAUUAAUUAACUUUUAAGAAAAUGUAGAUACAAACACAAAGUUGAGCCAACUGUUGUAAAUUACAUAGUUCACCUGUAAUGUCAGUGAAAAAGUAUAUACAUUGCUAUAUAUAUAAGCUAUACAUAUAGCUACAGUGUAUAUUUGCCUAAUGAAACAUAAGAAUUUUACGAUUCCAGAGAAUGCCAUAAAAGAAUAAGUUAGAGACCCAAAGAAGGGUCAGCAAUAUAUUGGUCUUGGCACUGUUUGCAAGAGAUAAAAAGAAGCCGCCCUUAUUGCAUUUAUCAAGUGUGAAUUCCUAAAUUGCCACAAUCCAGUGUAAGAGAAGCCCUGCUACGCAUCCAGAGACGCUUCAGCAUCCUGAUGUGCUAGUCUGACAUCUCUUGUGUGUCAAGAGCACUUAUUUUUAGAUGGGACAGUCAUUAGGGACAUAAUGUGUUGUAACUACUGUAAAGGAAGUAGUCUAGAGGCAGCAGAAGCGGAUAGAGAGAAGCUCGGUACAAAGACACUAAGAUUCUCUUUCUGACCUUAAUCCACAGAAGUACAGACUUGCCCUAUUUUUGGGAGUGAUUUUUGGCAACAGCAAUCAUGUCCUAUUGGGAAAUACCAUGUUUUCUAAAAUGAGAAAUUCCAUGUUUUGCAUGCUGAGUCAGAGAAGGGAGAAAGCGCCUUACCAGUAAUCCUCUUUAGCUUGAGGACACAUGUGAGAGCACUGAAACAAGACCUAGGGAAAAAGAGAAGCCUGAGAGCAGAAGAGUUGUCUUACUGUUCGUCAUGGCUUGGGUUGGGAUAGAGUUAAUUUUCUCUCUAGAUGCUCAUAUGAAGCUGUGUUAAAGAUCUGUGAUGAAAAGAGCAGUGAUAACACACCAAUGAUUUUAGUUGUUGGAGAGCAGUGCUUACACAGAGUUGAGGCCUUUUCUACUUCCAUUUUCAUAGACUCUGUCUUCAACUCUCUUGAUCUCUAACAUAAUAUGAACGAAUCACUGAAUCAUAUUUCAGUGAUGGGGCUGUUGUCCUAGAUUGCACCUUGCUCCUGCAGUGUUCACCCACCAGCUCUGUCAUUUUGAGCUGUGUAAUGAAAUGAGACACACAGGACAGCUGCUAGUUCUGACUCAUUUUGCUUGGUUCUUGGUCCUAUGCACAGUAGCUUCCUGCAACACAAAGCUGUAACAAAUAUAAACUGGACAGAAAAACUUAGCAAACGUGGGGGGUUUAAAUGCUCCAGAUGAAUUUCAGGGGAACACUCAUGGAAAUGUUGUGUAUCAGUAAAUUUUUACAGAGAAAAACAAUUUAUAAGACAAUUCCUUACUUUAAUAACAGAUGACAUAUGCUUGAUUUUGUCUGUACAAAACCUGAUGUUUUACUUAAUAUAAGGUAAAGACUACUCAGUAGGCUAAUAGUUUAAAUGAGAACUUAAAAUAGUUUUGGUAGUAUUAUAGUAUACAGAGCUAUGAAUGAACAUGUGUCCAUGCUCUAUUCCUAUGCUCUAUUCCUAUCUCCAUUUCUUUCAAUUUAAAAAAUGUAAAGCUUUUUUUAAUUUGCGUUUUGGUGUGUUGCAUUUCUCCAAGAAGAGUUUGUUCUGCAAAUUCAAAAUUACUCUAUCUCAAUUUAUUUUACUGUGUUUAGUAACGAUGUCUUACACUGUUCCAAGAUGAAUAUAAUGGAAUAAAGAGCCAAUGUAGGUUAUUGCUGAUGGUCCUGUACAAUGUAGGAAAAGGUCUGAAGAAAGCAACCUGUCUGAAUUCCACUAACAAAGGUGAGUACUAGAGGAGAGCAUGUUCCAUCCAAACUCAUGAGGAUCUGAGUCGAAUUUUCAUAUUACUUUUCCUAGGCCAUAGCUAAAAGUGCUAAGGUUACCUGCAUACAAAUAUAACUUUAUCUGGAUUUGGGAUAUCUCAAAUGCUGAUUUCAGUGUCCAGUCUGUAGCUAUUUCUUCUGUUUCAAAAGAAUCAGAAGACAACAGUGAUUCCAUGAAAGUACUGGAGGGACUCAAUGCUAUAAAAUAAGGCAAGCAUCCUGGGGUCAAAGAGAUCUCCAUUAAUGUAUUCAUUUGUUACAAAUACCCUUAGCCUUUCCCACAACUGCUUUGAUGAGGUAACUUCCCAUGUGGCACAUGUCCCACCUUCGGCAGCCUUUCUCCUAUAAGAAAGUAGAGAACAAACUACUGCUCAUAACUUCUCACACUCAUUCAAGAGAAAAGCUGUCUUUCUCAAGCCAGCCAGUUAAGCAUUAAGCAGGAAUCUCACCCCUGCUCUCCAUCUUCUGGCAUGAUUUCAUGAUCUCAGACUACUGGUGGCUGGACCUUUUUCUUUCUACUUGGCAACUUUUAGCUGGCUGAGUGUCUCUGCUUUUUGCAAUCUGGUUACAUUACAGGGGGUUGAGGGGAAGGACACUGGCCAUAUUUACAUCCUGAACUGGAUACUGUAUGGCUGUGAAAGAUCUAACAUGAAAAAGAGUCACUGUCCAUGCAAGUAGAAAUGUGUAUUAAGAGAAUCUGCCUAAACUGCCAAACUGCUGGUAACCUAGUUUGUUGCUGCCCAAUUCUGAAUUUAGACCACCUAUAUCAAUGUCUCCCACGAGCCACAGAAUCUGUCAGGAAUAGGUGGGAGCAAAGUACAAAUGUUUCAGGUUAUGGUUUUAGAUUUCUACAUCGACAUUCCAUUAUGGUCUCAAAAGCCUUUUUUUUCUUUUUUUUCCUUUUUUCCCAGGUCCAGCUCUAGGCAGCAUAGAUAAGAAUAGAUGAAGAAAAUGCAGUGAGUUGUGGAGCACCCUUUUCAAAUCAGUUAUCUUGGGGACAAAGAACAAUUAGAAUGAUUUUUUUUUUUGUAAUUCUGAGAAAAACCUUGAAUGUAUUCCUAGUGUUUCUAUUAAAUUUUGUGGGCUAUCUACAUAGUAAAGUCUGCUCAGAAUAGGAAAGUCAUUCAAUAGAACAACUGAGACCGUAUUUUCCUUUCUUUUUCUGGCUUGAAGCCAGAUUUAGGAUGGGUUGGAUAUAUUAGCACCUGAGAUGUCUGCAGACAGUUUUAAUUAGCUGUUUACCUAGUUGGUUUAUGAAAGAUGAUAGGAGACUGAACACCAAUUCAUGAGAUUAUUUCGGUGACUACGUGCUCAGAGUGAAGAUUUGCCUGUUUUCUAUUGGGAGAAAAACAAAGCUUUACAACAAUAUUAAGAACUUGUGUAGCAAGGAUGAGACUGAAGAUAUAAUACUAGUGUUUGACUAUGUCCUGUGCAGUUUCUUUACUUGAAUUUUCUCUUUAGCUUAAGUUCACUGGCUGUGUAAAGCUUCAGCUGGCUUUCCCACAGCGCUAAAACUGGGAACCUCAGGACACUGGUGCAGUUACAUUUUUAACUAUGUUCAGUUACAUUUCCAACGGCCGCAGCAGCAAAGUGCUGGCAGCAGGUGGUGCUGAAGGGAGCAGAGGUUAAGAGACUAAGCAGAAAAAGUGUGCAUCCUUCCAUCUUGGUGAGCAGAGGGUCUACACCAGUGAAUGCCUGGAAGAGAAAAUCUGAUCAUUUAAUGCACCAUAGUUAUGUUUUAAAGGUCCCUACCUCUCAGCCAAGAUGUGUGACGACGAGGAGACCACCGCGCUGGUGUGCGACAACGGCUCGGGGCUGGUCAAGGCGGGCUUUGCUGGGGACGAUGCCCCCAGGGCCGUGUUUCCAUCCAUCGUUGGCCGCCCCAGGCACCAGGGUGUUAUGGUUGGUAUGGGUCAAAAAGAUUCCUAUGUGGGUGAUGAAGCACAGAGCAAAAGAGGUAUCCUCACUUUGAAAUAUCCCAUUGAACAUGGCAUCAUCACCAACUGGGAUGAUAUGGAAAAGAUCUGGCACCACACUUUCUACAAUGAACUCCGAGUGGCCCCUGAGGAGCACCCCACCUUGCUCACAGAAGCCCCCUUGAACCCUAAAGCUAAUCGUGAAAAGAUGACCCAGAUAAUGUUUGAGACCUUCAACGUACCUGCUAUGUAUGUGGCAAUUCAGGCUGUCCUGUCCCUGUAUGCAUCUGGUCGUACCACAGGUAUUGUUCUUGACUCUGGUGAUGGUGUCACCCACAACGUGCCCAUUUAUGAAGGUUAUGCUUUGCCUCAUGCUAUCAUGCGCCUGGAUCUGGCUGGCAGGGAUCUGACCGACUACCUCAUGAAGAUCCUCACAGAGCGUGGCUAUUCCUUUGUGACAACAGCUGAACGUGAGAUAGUUCGUGAUAUCAAAGAGAAAUUGUGCUAUGUUGCACUGGACUUUGAGAAUGAAAUGGCCACUGCUGCUUCGUCAUCCUCCCUGGAGAAGAGCUACGAAUUGCCUGACGGUCAAGUGAUCACAAUUGGUAAUGAACGUUUCCGCUGCCCUGAAACCUUAUUCCAGCCAUCCUUUAUCGGUAUGGAAUCUGCUGGUAUUCAUGAAACUACCUACAACAGCAUCAUGAAGUGUGAUAUUGAUAUUCGUAAGGAUCUGUAUGCUAACAACGUCCUCUCAGGUGGCACAACAAUGUACCCUGGUAUUGCUGAUCGCAUGCAGAAAGAAAUCACUGCACUUGCUCCUAGCACAAUGAAGAUCAAGAUCAUUGCUCCACCUGAACGCAAGUACUCUGUCUGGAUUGGUGGCUCCAUUCUAGCAUCUUUAUCCACCUUCCAGCAAAUGUGGAUCAGCAAACAGGAAUAUGAUGAAGCUGGUCCAUCCAUUGUCCACCGCAAGUGCUUCUAAGCACUUUUCCCUACAUUUACUUCCCACUCAGGAUGACGACAGUAUGCUUCUUGGAGUCUUCUGGCAGCCCUUCCUGAAAUCCUCAGUCAUUGUACAGUUUGUUUACACACUUGUGCAAUUUAUUUGUGCUUCUAAUAUUUAUUGCUUUAUAAAUAAAGAUCUGGG